AAUAGCUAAUCGAAGGAAAGGUCGUCAGUCUCUCGCGCGACACGGAGGUUCACGCACACAGUUUCUGAGGGUGACUGGAGGGUGAUUAGUAUCCUGUGUUUUAUUCUUGACCGAUUGGGAGUAUAUCAACCGUUAUUUCCACUAUGAAGUUCCAGCUAGACACACUCUUGGAGACACUGGGAAAGCCAGGGAAAUACCAGCUGGGAAUAUUUUUCCUACUGGCAUGCAACUAUUUCCCAUUGGUUUUCAACAUAGUGAUCAUGGGCUUCUUUGGUUAUUCUCCCAAACAUUCGUGUGUUUCUGAUAUAUAUGGCCAAAGUGGUAGGAAUGGUAGCGCAGUAAACGGCUCCUUGGCGCCCAGAUUAGAUGCUUGUUCCAGUACUUAUUUUUUGAGUGGUGGAAUUAAUAAAACUGUGACCUGUGCCAAUGAUCCAAAUAGCCACUGGGAAUUUUAUACAGAGGAAAGGGAGGCUACUAUUGUUUCAGAGUGGAGUCUAGUCUGUGAAUCCAAGUACCUCUCCAAACUGGCUGCCACCAUUUACUUCUGUGGCGUCAUGGUGGGUGGUUUGCUGUUCGGUUACCUGGCCGACAAGUAUGGGCGUAAACCAGUGAUGCUGGUGACCCUCUACACCCCCAUACUGAUCGGACUGGGCACCGCUUUCUCCAACAACUACUACUUGUAUGUGGCUCUCAGAUUUUUCAUGGGAAUGUUUCUACAGGGACUUCAGACCACCAGCUAUGUCCUGGUGAUGGAGAUGUUUCUGCCCCGUUACCGUGGCGUUGCCGGGGCGAUGUUAGAGGUAUUCUGGGGGAUUGCGGUGCUACUGGUGGCUCCCAUUGCUUACUUGUUACAGAACUGGAGAUACAUGCAGCUAGCUAUUUCCUUACCUAGCAUACUGGCUAUAGCAUACAUCUGGUUGACUCCUGAGUCUCUGAGAUGGAUGAUUCUUCAGAAGAAGAUGGAGCCUGCUAAGGCCCUGGUUCAGAAGAUCACCAAGUUCAAUGGACUUCCCUACCCCACAGAACAAAUGGACGCCAUUAAUUCCCACAACAAGAUCUCCACGGAAGCAGCCAGACAGUUCUCUUUCUUUGAUCUGCUACAAACCAGAGAAAUGAGGAAGAGGAGUCUAAUUCUUUUCUACUUGUGGUUUGCGGUUGCUGUGGCUUACUAUGCUCUGCUACUGAACAUGACCAGUCUGAAGGGAAACCGUUACCUGACGUUCUUCAUCAGUGCACUGGUGGACAUGGUUGCCUUUAUUGCAGUGGUCUUCAUUGUCAGAAAGUGCCAGAGAAGAAUUCCUUUACUGGUGUUCUUUGUAAUUGGAGGAGUUGCUUGUAUCAUUGCGGGCAUAAUUCCAUUCAUCUUGGAGGACAAGAAUCUGCGAGGGAAGAUUGUCAUAGCUUGUGCCAUUAUUGGAAAAUUUGGAGCCAGUGGAGUAUUUAGUCUGACCUUCCUUUACACUUCUGAGCUAUAUCCAACAGUCAUUAGGAACAUUGGGAUGGGCAGCUGUGCAUUCUGGGCCAGACUUGGAGGAGUUGUAGCCCCUCAGAUCCUUGCAUUGGGUGACUUGAGUCACAAAUCCAUUUCUGUGAUCAUCAUUGGAGUUAUCACCCUUGUUGCAAGUAUUCUUCUGUUGCUCUUGCCUGAAACCAUGGCAACCAAGCUUCCAGACACAAUAGAGGAAGUGGAGGAUAAAAAUGGAACAGACAGCAUUCGUGAAGAUGGGGAAAAUGAGGAUUUAAUGGUACAGAAAGAAGAACAGCUUUAAUGUGAUAGUGUGAAUAUUGUUAGUCAAUUGCCCCCCCCCCCCCCCCCCACCACAAGUAAGACCAAGACAUCCCCCCCCCAAUCUUUUUUUUUGCAUCCAAAAAUCCAACAAAGUAUUAUUGAUCAAUUACACCUAAUUAGAAGAUGUGUAUCAUUUUUUGUUGUUGUAAAGAUCAAAUAUAUUCAAUUCAAAUAAUGAAAAGAUGUAACAUUAAUUGAACAAAGCUAUUUAAUACGGUAUUUAUGUUUAAACUUACACCAAAUAGUGCUGUAAACCAUGUGUUUUAUUUGAUAUAUUUACUUACAAGAUAUAUUUUACAUGAACAUGUAUUUUUCUAUAAAUCAUUUUUUUUUUUGUUUACUUGUACUUGAUGUGAUUAUUUUAUAUGGAAUCUCAUUUUUGUUUUAUUGAAUUUUUGCAAGUUUGUUGAGUAGCGCUGUUUUUAGCAAGACAUUUGUAUUGUCUUGUUUAUUGACCAUUGGUAAACCACGGUUUUUCGAUGUACUCCUGUAUGUAAUAUAAUUCAGCACAUCUCAAUUAAUAUAACGGUAUAUGUCAAAUAAUUCAAACUAACUAUGCCUCAGAGACUUCAAUGAAAAAGCCAUGGUUUACCAACUGGGAAAUAAAAAAGUAAUAAAAAAAACCCAAAAUAUUUUCAAAAAUAAGUUAUCGAUAGCUCAUGGCAUGUACAGAAAUUUACCAUCUUGAAAUGUUGUUGCAAGAAUCGGUCUAAUCGACUUUGAAUCUUGCCAACAAACUACUUAUAAUUAAGACCAAAAAAGAAAAAAGGACUGACUGUUUUACUUCCCUUGUUAACAUCAAAUAUUGAAAGCAUGGCUGUAACAUCAUCACAAUACAAUAUGCCAUCUUGGAUGCGGAACCUCAAUGAAUCACAUCAUUUCAUUGUCAGUGUUAGCUUAAUGUUAUCAUCUCCUGUGAUAAGACAGCAAGUUGUCGCCCAUUGUGAAAUCAAUGCAUAUUUUAUUACUUGCUCUCUAAUAUUCAUGUUUUUAAAGGUUCUGCAUAAAUACUGUGGUUUUAUUAUCUACUUUCGUUAAUUAAACAAAAUUUUUCUGAGAUUUUUUCUAAUUUCAGGAUAAUGCACCAAAAAAAAAAAAAUUUGAAAAUAAAAUGUUUACAAAGUUUAAAGAUAUGUGACAAAAAUUUUAAUUAAAUUUAACAGGACAUUACCUGUCAAAUUAAGUACCACAAAAAUGAAAAAGGAUACUCCCACUUUCCAAAGCCCCCAAAUAUUGAUUAUGAAACCACAGUAUGGUAGUUAAUGUAUGUUCGCCAUUGAAAAACUUCAUGCCUGAGCUAUUUUAUAGUAUGUAAUAAAAACAGUGUUACAAAUAUUUUUUUUAUCACUAACAUCAUUUAAAUAGAUUGAUGUUGUUUGUGCCAAUAAAUAAACUUUAAAAAUUGAAA